AUGAACUCUGUAAUCUCCAACUAUGAACAUUUCAAAAUUGUCUUUGUUUUGGAUGGUUUGGACGCUUUUGAACUUCCUCUUGACUUUGACAACAAAGAGACCGUGACAGAUAUCAGAGAGCCAGCCUCAGUGGAUGUGCUACUGACAAACCUCAUCAGAGGGAACCUGCUUCCUUCUGCUCAGCUCUGGAUCACCUCCAGACCUUCAGCUCCUGAAAAGCUGCCUGAUGAAUUUGUGGACAGAAAGACACAAAUACGAGAGAGGCCUGACAUCACAAGUAAACGGAAACUCAAAUCUCAGCUCGAGGAGCUAUUUAAACGUGUGUCUGAGUGGAUUGAUAAGCAGGAAACAUCUGCCCUACUGAAUGACAUCUACACAGAUCUCUUCAUCAUAGAAGGUGAGAGGGGAGAUGUCAAUCGUCAGAGUGAAACCAGACAGGUUCAAGAUGCAAAUCUUAAACAAGUGAAAGAAGAAACACCCAUUAAAUAUUGUGACAUCUUCAAACCUGCAUCUGGAGAAAAUACACUCAUCAGGACUGUGCUAACAAUUGGAGUGGCAGGCAUUGGAAAAACAUUUGCCUCAAUGAAGUACAUGCUGGACUGGGCUGAGGGUACAGGCAACACAGACAUAUACUAUACAUUUCCACUUCCUUUCCGGGAGCUGAAUUUGAGAAAAGACAAAGAACAUAGUUUUGAGGAUCUCAUUCAUCAGUUCUUCCCCGCUAUGAAGACAUCAGAAAUAAGCGACUAUGAUAAGUACAAAAUCCUGAUUGUCCUGGAUGGCCUUGAUGAAUGUCGCCUUGAUCUUGACUUCAGCAAAAAGGACCAAGACCAUGUAAAGUGGACAGAUGUGAGAAAGCCAACAUCAGUGAAUGUCCUGCUGACAAACCUCAUCCAGGGAAACCUUCUUCCAAAAGCUCAAAUCUGGAUCACCUCCCGACCUGCAGCAUCUAACCAAAUCCCUGCUAAAAUAGUUGACCGAGUUACAGAAGUACGAGGAUUCAAUGAUGAGCAGAAGGAGGAGUACUUCAGGAAGAGAUUCAGAGAUAAAGAUCUGGCUGAAAGAAUCAUCUCGCAUGUGAAGAAAUCAAGGAGCAUCUAUAUCAUGUGUCACAUCCCAGUCUUCUGUUGGAUCACUGCAAAGGUUCUGGAGGACUUUGUGAGCCGAAACCAAGAAGAGGGGAUGCCCAAGACUCUGACUGACAUGUACAUAUACUUUCUUCGGUUGCAGUGCAGACAGGCAAAUGUGAAAUACGGUGGAGGUGAGACAGAUUCAUGCUGGAAUAAAAGGAACAAGGAAACAAUCCUAUCUUUGGGUAAACUAGCUUUAGAAGAGCUAGAAAAAGGAAACCUUCUCUUCACUGAAGAACACCUGAAAGAGUGUGAGAUUGAUGCAGAAACUGCAGUUUUCUCAGGAUUAUUGGUCCAGAUUAAACGAGAAGACUGUGGGCUGUACCAACAGAAAAUGUACUGCUUUGUACACUUAAGCAUUCAAGAGUUCCUGGCAGCUUUUUAUGUCUUUCACACAUUCAAUAACAAAGGUGAAAACCUGCUUGCCGAACCUGCUUUAGCUGUUGCAGACCCGCCUGCAUCAGACAUUUACAAGACAGCAGUGGACAAGGCUUUGGAAAAUGAAAAUGGAGACUGGGAUCUGUUUCUCCGCUUCCUUCUUGGACUUUCUCUUGAGACUAAUCAGAGUCUACUGCAAGACCUGCUGAACAAGACAGAAAAUAACAACAAGACCAACAAGGAAACAAUUGGGUACAUCAAAGAGAAGAUCAGGGAAGAGAUCAGUGAUGCAGACAAAAACCUCAAUCUUUUUUACUGUCUGAAUGAGCUCAAUGACCACUCUCUUGUGGAAGAAGUCAAAAAGUACCUCCACUCAAAAACACAGGCAUUUGAACAUUUCUCUGCCUCCCAGUGGUCAGCUCUGACUUUUGUGCUGCUGACAUCAGAUGAGAACCUUGAUGUGUUUGAUCUGAAAAAGUACAAGAAAUCAGAGAGCGUUCUUCUAGGAAUGUUGCCGGUGGUCAAGGUCUCUAAAACUACUUUGCUGAGUUGGUGUGAGCUCUCUGAGGAGUCCUGCAAAGGUCUGUCAUCCAAAGUCCUCAACUCUACCUCCGCUAACCUCACAAAACUGGACCUGAGUCAUAAUGAUCUGCUGGAUCCAGGUGUGCAGCAACUUGCUGAUGGUCUGAAGAGUCUCCGUUGUAAACUGGUGACUCUCAAGCUGUCGGGUUGCCAGGUGACAGAGGAAGGUUGCUCUUUCCUGGCCUCCGCUCUCAGGUCCAACACAGCCUCCCACCUGGAACACCUGGAUCUGAGUUACAAUCACCCUGGAGAAAAUGGGGUGGAGAUGCUCUCUGCUAUAGCUGAGGAUCCAAAUAUGAAGCUGAAGACACUCUGGCUGAGUUGGUGUGAGCUCUCUGAGGAGUCCUGCAAAGGUCUGUCAUCCUCAGUCCUCAGGUCCGCCUCCUCUAAUCUCACAGAACUGGACCUGAGUCAUAAUGAUCUGCUGGAUUCAGGUUUGCAGCAACUGGCUGAUGGUCUGGAGAGUCUACAUUGUAAACUGGAGAUUCUCAAACUGUUGGGUUGCCAGGUGACAGAGAAAGGUUGCUCUUUCCUGGCCUCCGCUCUCAGGUCCAACACAGCCUCCCACCUGAAACACCUGGAUCUGAGUUACAAUCACCCUGGAGAAAAAGGGGUGGAGAUGCUUUCUGCUAUAGCUGAGGACCCAAAUAUGAAGCUGAAGACACUCUGUUUGGACCAUGGUGGAGAACAUCGAUUAAAACCAGGGCUGAAGAAGUAUUGUGAAGAUCUGAGGCUUGAUGAAAACACAGCAAACAGAAGGCUCAUUCUGUCUGAAGAGAACAGAAGAGUGAAAACUAUGGAGAGUGUGAAGGAGAAGAAGUUUCAACCUGAAAACAAGAACAGGUUUAAGUGGAAUCAGGUGUUGUGUGAGGAGGGCCUGAAAGGCUUCUGCUACUGGGAGGUGGAGUGGAGUGGGACGGUCGGCAUCGCAGUGGCAUAUAAACAAAUGAGCAGAACCUUGGACAGUAUUGGUGGCCUAGGCUUCAAUGACAUGUCCUGGAGUCUGGUGUGCUCGAGCACUGGAUAUAGGGCCAUGCAUGGGAAAGAUUCCAUAGAUAUUGAAGGGCCCCUCAGCCAAAAAAUAGCAGUGUUUCUAGAUAAGAAAGGUGGCACUCUGACUUAUUACAGUGUCACAUCUGGAGAGCUGAGCCUCAUUCACACCUUCAAAACCAAAUUCACAAAACCCCUCUACCCAGGUUUCUGGUUUAAGAAGGGCUCUGUGACUUUGUGUGAGAUCAACUGA